UGGAGGGUAGAGCUUUAACAUUGUAGCUCUUAACUUUUAGUGCUGUCACUUAACACAACUUAAGUUUCUUUGACAUGCUGCAAGAGUGCAUUAUUGGAUUAUUUCAGAGUCUGUUGUUACACUUUUCUCAGAAAAUGGACCUCUUAUCACCUUCUCAAUUCAGUGAAGUCCAGAUGCAUGAGUCUGGGUCAGAACCAACAAUCCACGCCAUUCCAGCAAGUCAGACAGAGAACGGGAAUAAUACUGAGAAUGAGAGUCGACUGAGGAGCAACCAGACUCCUCCUCCAGAGGCACCCAGGCAGGUUCCAGCGUCGUCGUCCAUGAUGACCCCACCAGCAGAGGCCCCACAGCAGCUGCAGCAGACACCACAACAGCAGAUCCUCAGUCCUCAGCAGCUCCAAGCCCUGCUCCAGCAGCAGAAAGCACUCAUGUUACACCAGGUAAUGUAUCUUCAGAGAAGCUACGUGUUUGUCAUAGUCCGCAUUGAACUCAAUGUUUUUAUUUUUCUUAACUCAAAUUCAAUCACGUUUCUGCAGCAGCAAAUCCAAGAGGUCUUCAAAAAUCAGCAAGAACAGCUAAAUAUGCAGCUGCUGCAACAGAAGAAUGCUGGGAUUGUUAGUCAAGAGCUGACAGCCCAGCAGAUUGCCAUCCAGCAGCAGCUCCUUCAGGUGCAGCAGCAACAUCUCCUCAACCUGCAGAGACAAGGCCUGCUGUCUGUCCUACCCACCAGCCCUGUUACAGCGUCAGGCUGUGAGAACGGUAGCAUCAUGUCCACUGGUGGAGACACAAGAGAGUCUUCCAGUCAACAAUCUACCACCAACGGUCAUCACGCUCUUCUGAAGAGGAAAGAAAGUGGGUCGCUGGAUGAAAACACACAGAAUAGCCAUCCUCUGUAUGGAAAUGGCAUGUGUAAAUGGCCUGGCUGUGAGACUGUCUUUGGAGACUUUCAGGCAUUUCUCAAGCAUUUGAACAGUGAACACACACUGGAUGACAAGAGUACAGCACAGUGUCGUGUUCAGAUGCAAGUGGUUCAGCAGUUGGAACUGCAGUUGAAAAAGGAUAAAGAACGACUGCAAGCCAUGAUGGCUCAUCUCAAGUCCUCUGAACCCAAACCCGCAGCGCAGCCUGUCAAUCUGGUGUCUAAUGUAUCCUUCUCUCAGGCAACAUUGCCCAAAGGCCCUCCUCCGAUGAGCGUGUCUCAGAGUGCCACGGCACCAUCCACUCCCCUGACACCACUCUCGGAAUCCCCUUCAGUCCUCACUCCCAAUAGCUUGUUCACUGGAACCCCUGUACGGAGGCGAUAUAGCCGCUCUGUGAGCCAAGAUAUAGUCGAUAAUAAGGAGUUCUACUUGAGCACAGAAGUUAGACCUCCAUUUACAUAUGCUUCUCUCAUAAGACAGGCAAUAUUUGAAUCACCUCGCAAUCAGCUGACAUUAAAUGAAAUCUACAACUGGUUCACAAGAAACUUUGCAUAUUUCAGGCGCAAUGCAGCUACUUGGAAGAAUGCCGUCAGACAUAAUCUCAGCCUCCAUAAAUGCUUUGUACGUUUGGAAAAUGUGAAGGGAGCUGUGUGGACAGUGGAUGAGAUUGAGUUCCACAGAAGAAGGCCCCAGAAGACUGCUGGUAAUGGAUCUCUCCUGAAGAACUCACAGAACCGUCAGAGCUCAGCUGGGUCUGCUCAUCAGAGUGGUGGUCUAGACGGCAACAACUCUUUCUACCACCCAGCAUCUAUGGGCAGCAUCUCAUUGCACUCCCUGCCUCAUAUUCUCCAAGAGCAAAUGAAUGGAGCCCUUGCUAAUGGAUCUGGAUACCAAAGUGACAGCAGUGCAACACAGUCCCCUCCACAAGCUUUCAUUAAAGAGGAGCAGGAGGACGAGGAGAUAAGUGAAAAUUAUCCCUAUGGAUCUCCGGAGAGCACAGACGAACACGGCCACAGCCCAGAGAUGAACCAGGAUGAAGACAACGGCAGUCCGGAGAGACCCAACCUUCAUUUCGAUCGCGUGCCUUCUCUAUGAGGUCCAAGCUCUCCACUGCAAGGCCGCCUCACUCACGGCGUGUCUGACUUUUUAUUCCAAAAGUUUCCAAAAACAACUGCUUCAUCUACGUAACCAAACAGUCUCUUCUGGGGAGUUUUUUUUUUUGUAUUUAUCAGCAUUUCUUAUUUUUCGUUGUUAAUCUAGCUCUCAUUUUUGUCUGUACAGUAGAGUGAGAUCACAAUAUUUGUGAAACUGUCUGUUCAUGAUUUUUCUUUUUUUAUAUAUCUGUACACAAAAGGACCAUGAUGAGCAGAGAAGCCAAAGGAAAGGGAACAUUGAUAGUUAGCACUUCACAAUGAAAAGUUUCUCUCCCUCUGUAUAGCAACUUUAUGAUAUGCUGGGGCCACGCUACCUGAUCUUAUUUUAGUAGUCAUAAAGAUUUGUAGAGGAAGUAAAAAAAAAAAUAUUACUUUAAAAAUGAAAACGUUCACUGCCAACGUGACCUGAUAUAUUUGUAUUUAAGGUAUGUUCAAUUGAUCAAAAGAAUACUUAGCUUCUUUUUUAUUCUUGUUGGUCUUUUUCACCCAUUCCACGGACAUUGCUGAAUUCGCUCUAACUGAGCUUGUAAAAGUAGAUAAUAUAGAUUUACCAUUAUUGUAAAACAAUGCAUCUCUAUGAAUAAUAAAUUCCUCAUGAUAAAUGUGAA